ACGCAGACCCUGAACCGAAACUUGGCUACCGCAGCACAGCCAGCACCCAGCCACCUGGGCCCUGGGACAGGACGUGUCCCCCCAGCGGUACAGUCUGGCAGCAGAAGCAGGUGCCCUCAGGCCUGCAGGCUAUGGCAGGAAAUAAGAUGUUGCCCCCGCCACUGCCCCCUCGCCUGGACUGGUUCGUGCACACCCAGAUGGGCCAGCUGGCCCAGGAUGGCAUCCCUGAGUGGUUCCACGGCGCCAUCUCCCGAGGGGACGCCGAGACCUUGCUGGAGCUGAAGCCCCCAGGAUCCUUCCUCGUCCGCGUCAGCCACAGCCACGUGGGCUACACACUGUCCUACAGGGUGCAGGACCGCUGCUGCCACGCCAUGGUGACGCUGCUGGACGAUGGCCGCCUAGUGCUGCGAGGGGAGGACGUGGCCCACACCUCGCUGUGCGCCCUGGUUGCCUUCCACCAGCACAGGCCACUGCAGCCACACGGGCAGCUGCUCACACAGGGCUGCGGGCAGAAGGACCCUGCUACUGUGGACUAUGAGGAUCUCCUCUUCUGUGCCACCAUCCUGGCACAGGACACUGCCAGCCCAGAGCCUGGCCCCGAGGAGCAUCAGGGGCCCUGCUGGGGCCCAGAGGGUCCUCCAGCACCCGCCCAGCUGCAUCCACCGAAGGACAAGGCAGUGUCUGCAGAGAAGGCGACCAAACCGGUGGAGCAGGUCACCUCCCUCUGGCCCCCAAGGGUGCCUCUGCAGCAGGCCAGUCAGAAACUUUGGCAGCAUCUCAGAGCACUGCCCGCAGUGGGCAGGAGGGUCCAGCAGCGGCUGAAAGGCCACCUCGACGCUAUGAGCCUGACGCCACUCUCAGGUGCCUGGCCGUCAGCGCCGACCCCCUUCUCUAGGACCACAGCAGACAGUCAGGGACAAAGAGCCCCCAGGGAGCCUCAUGUGGCCACAUCCAUGAGGGAAAGUGACACUCCUUCCAGGAAGGCCACCAGGCCUGCCACCUGGAGCAAGGCGACCCCAGGGAACAGAGGCUGGCACCAGAAGCUCAGGAGAACGCUGUCUGCCCAGCCACCUGAGCCGACGGUGUCAGAAUGGCUCCCUGAGGAGUACCUGCCCCCCCCACCCUUCGCCCCUGGGUACUGCUAGAGAUUUCACCCAGCCGAGCCCCUCAGUCCUGGACCCCUGCAUGCGGGGAGCAGUCUGUGACCUCAUCACCCAGCCAGUGACCAGCGUCGCAGCAGAGAGUGGGGCCCGCUCUACGCCCACCCAGCCCUCCUUGGUGGCUAUGAUUUUGCACUUGGUACCCACCAUUGCCGAUCUGGGGUUCAGCCACCAUGCAAGGAAAACGGUCUCUGAAGAAGCGCAAGGAGGCUGGACGCAGUGGCAUGUGCCUGUCGUCCAGCACUUGGGAGGCUGG